GGCCUGCUCAUGGUUUGCCCCGCGGCUGGACGUGACACUCCACCACUGACCCCCUGCCUCGGGGCCUGCCCCGUGUGUCCUAGUUAAGGUGUUGGCCCUAAGUGUUGCCGUGCCUCUGCCGUGCCUUUGCCGUCUCUGCCUCUCUGGCCUCUGCACGGGGAAAGACUGACUACCUGUUGAGGCAGGGGCAGCAGCAAGAUGGUGCGGGUCAUCUCCGUGCACCACUUCACCAAGCAAGAUGUGGCCGGCCUCGAGCGCUCCGGGGGCCGGGGAGUCACCAAAGGGAAGGAUGACAUUCUGCUGGUGGGCGGGGAGCAUACUGUGGACAUUCGUGAUCUGAAGGCUGGUGGGGCCCUGCAAGGCAGCUUUCCCACUGUUGACUUGGUGCAGCAAAUAGUGUAUUGUGAAACAGGCAAUUUUGUGGUUACGUUGGAAACCAAGCCAGCAAGGCAUGGUGGAGAUCACCGAUAUGUACGUGUUUACCUCAACUGGGAGCAUAAUACCACCAACCAACCCAUGCGGGCAAGGAUUGCUGGCCGUGUCACACCCAGCAGCCAGUCGGGUGUUGCCAAUCUCGAGAUGGUGGAGAUCCCUCUUCGUAAACCAGCGGAGUUCAUUGCCUGCUGUCAGUCAACUGGAAAUAUUGCUGUGGCCUGUGGUAUCAGUGUGACAGUAUUCAGGUUUUGUGAAAAAACACAUGACCUCUCAAAGGUAAAGUUUAUUGACUUUGAAGAGUACAUGGAGCUGGACAUGUCUUUUAUUGUUAAAGAAGUUGCUGUGUGUGAAGACAUCAUUGGGUGCUUAUCGGAGUCAGAAGCACAUGUCUUUCAAAUUACGAUAAAUUCACAACUGUUAAAAGCUAAUUCAGAAGAAAAAGAGAGCAAGCAACAGGAGAAACGCAGCAAGUCCCGAUCUAAAUCCAAGACACGGUCAGCCUCAAGAUCUCCGGGCCGCAGCAUCGACUCCCUGAGCUCCAUCUGCUUGAUGAGGGACCGGCAAUCACUCAAGAAAGAGGAUUCACUGGUAUCCAUAAGAGAUGCUGAUGACUAUGUAGACUUGAGCAAGAUGACGUGGGUCCCAACACUUUCAUAUGGACGGCGGCGCCCCACAGAAGACAGCCGUUUUCUCCUCUUCCCCUCACUGGUAGGAGCCGCUCAGUGCGGUCCUGUGGCUGAACCAGGGGAGGUGAUUGGUCCUGUCAGCUCAGCGCGGUGUUCCACUGUUCGUAUGAAGGUGCUGACUGGUAAUGGGUCAGGGGUGAAGCUGCCAGCCAAUGUGUUUGAAGCAGUGACGCUCAUCCAUCGCCGAGCAGACCACAACACUGAUCCUGACAUUCCCUUCUCCAACCUCAUGCUGACAGCUGUAUAUGAAUCAGAGAAAGGAAAAAAUGAUGGUAAGGUCACACACCCUCGCCGGCUCUCUCACCCAUUGCAUCCUCCUGCUGGCGCCCCCCACAAGGUUGGUGCCUCGGUCUUCCUCACCACCCCUCACGUCGGCCAACUCUACCACAUCACCCUCUCCCAUGAUCCCUUCAGUGGCAAUGUGGUCCGUGGUGGUGUCUUUUCCUACACGGCGCCUGUGUACUCGGUGGCACUUGAGCCGUCUCUUCUGCAUGCCCUCACACUCACUGGCCUGGAGACGUACACUCUCAGGCCUCACCCGUUUGUUGUUGUCUCGCACCUUCCAGAGGGCCUCAAUAUGGUUGUCCCUCCCCACUGGGAGGAGACAGUGUGUCUGGUGGGCCUGCGGCCGUUCCUCAACGUAGAGACACUCACCCUCACCAAGUCAUGCCUGGCCCUCAUUGCCGCCAAUAAUGAGGGUGGUGACAAGUCCCACACUGUCUAUGCCCUCCACCUGCCCAGUGCUGCCAGCCUGUACAAGGAGAUGGUGCGUGUGGGGCGUAGUCACCGCAACGCCUCUCAUUCUACAUACUUGCACCUUCUUUUGGAAGCGCAUUUGAUCCUUACCACCGCUCUUCACAACGAGCUGCCUCAGCUUGAAGAGGAUGGUGAAGACCUACACUCCCUGCUGCAGGAUUCCUCAGCAUUGCUUGGGGACUACUAUGCCCAGUGUGAAACUGAGUCAGAAUGGAAACAGGCCACACAGUACUACCAGGUGUCCAGCCUCACCCCUGAUGCAAUAGUGGAGCGGCUGGACCUGCAGUGCCCUGGCCUUGUCCCUGUUGUGUCGGCCCUUCUCCUCAACCCCAACACACCACCACUUACAGCUGCUCAGGCUAACUGUGUGUUGGAGAUGAUGGAAAAGGUUGCCCCUUACAAAGUUUCUUCAAUAAUUCUGAAAUCAAAUUGCUUUAAGGAAUACAAAAAAGACAAGGUAUUGGGAAUCAUAAAGCAAGAAUUAUCAAAGACACAGGAGCCUCGGCCAACAGAUGUCCUGGCUUUGGCCCUUGUGAUUCUGGACAGAGGUUCUCCUGAACAGGUGGCAACAGUUGUGGCCUCGCUCCGAGCUUACCAGUUGGUGGUGGUAUUGCUGCAACACUCACGCCUCCUCCUGACAACACAGGAUGGAGCAACCACACUCUCUCCUCUUGCACAGGUUUUGGCAGAGCACAAAAAGGAGGUUUUCACAGAGGUGUUUGUGUCCCUGAUUGGAGAGGGUACUCUUUCCCUGAACGCCUUUGUUGAUGCCUUCAUAGCAGUGUACCCAAUUGUGUCCUGUGGCCCAGAGUGCAACACACACUCACUCUGGCUGAGGGACUUUCUUGAGAAGUUCUUUUUAGAAUAUGCACAUAACUCUGAGAUAACUGACCAGCGCGACCGCUACGACCGAGCCAUCCGGGUGCUGGUGAGCCUCUACCUGGCAAGCCUCAUGGGUGCCUUUGGUGACAAAUCAAAAGAAGAUCCUAACUGGAGUGACCAUAGAGUGGCCUUGAAGGAGCUGUAUGCCCCACGCCCCACUUUUCUGGCUCUUCUGCCUCCCUUCAGCCAGGAGCAGUCCCUGAGCAGGGCCCUGGCAGGGGAGGGAGACACACCAGAGGAAGUAACUCCACAAGAUCCUGAGGAGGUCGGGAAAAGCUUAUCCUCAUCACUGCUGCACCUGGUGGUCCUUCAGUCUCUACUAAGCUCUGAUCUGCCAUCAUCAGAGGACCGUUCAAAUGUUCUCAAAUUUGCCACUGCCAACCCCUCAGCCUUGGGUGCCCAGUCCCUGAAGAUCCUGUGCAUAGACCGCUCACAGCAACUUGACUACAUCUUGCACGAAUUUCCUUAUGCUCUCCUCCAGUUUGGAAAGGAUAUGUACGAGUCACCACUAGAGUGGGAGGAACUGGUGACUAAACUGAUUAAUUACAAAUCGAACCUCCAAGAAUCAGACCCAGCUCACCAGAUAUACUCAGACGUCCUUAACGCUGUCCUCAGUGAGUUGGUCAUGUCUGCGCCUCUGGACACGUUCAUGCGCAUCAUCCCCAGCAGCAGACACGAGGAGUUCAGAGGCCACAUUCGCCAGUGCCAUUCUGCUGCCUUAGCAGUUCACCUUCGCAAUUCCCUUAUGACCUAUGCCAAGAAUGUCUUGACUCAAAUGUCUAAAUAGUAUUAUUUGGAGUUAGGGACAGAUUCAUGCUAGUCAGUAUCUGCUCUAGUCAGUUGUAUUUUCUGAUUAGGUAACUCAUUCAGCAGUUUACAUGAUAGAGACUCUGCUGUAUUUAUGAAUCUCUAGUUCAAUUUUAAUCUUUUGUAGCAUUAAUGGUAUUGAAUAUCAUAAAAACUAAAACUGAAAUGUUAAGGGUUCAUUAUGUGAUCUUGCAUUGUGCCUCCUGUACUGUCAGGUGAAAGUCUCAGCAGUUUACCAACACCAGUACUGCACUACAAGUCCUGGCUUUUAUUAUUCGAUUCUUGAGGCUGCAAGUCAGCCUGAGCUCAUUGCUCUUAGAGGAAUGGAAACUGCUGCUCUCACCUGCUGGUGGUGUAUGUUAGAUCACCCUGACCCCUAGUUGUCCACCCAUCAAAUUUAUCACUGCACAAUUCCAAAGCACUCUGGGCACUUGCCAUGCUAGUGCUUUGGUGGUUCCUUGCUUGCCUCUUUAGCAUUUCAUGUGCCAUCCAUUAUUUAUCCUGCUUUUGUGCUGGAAAUGAAAAGGAGACUGUAACAUCCAGUGUCUGAUGGGCAAAGAUGAAGCACUUGUCAGUCGAGGCUGGAGCUGUACUCCUUGUGUUUGAGUUAUUUAGGGGUGCAACUAGGGAGCUGUUGGAAGACCAGGAUAUUACAGUUUCAUUUUCUGUGGGCUCAAAGAGGAGUGCAAGUUUUGGCUUAGGGAAAUAGGACGAGUUGUUUGGAAAAAAAUAUUAUUCACACGGGUUUAAGCUAUUUAACCCUGAUGGUCUCCUGUACCUUUCCAGAUAGCAAUGACCAGUCCCCUUUUCUAGUCAAGAGGAAUGGUACCAGAUUGCCAUACAGCAGCCAUGACCACAUUCAACCGAUGGAUCACGGUUGCAGCACCAUCUUUGAGCAGCUCUGCACUGAUGUUAAAAGUAUCGGCUGCCUUUUCACCCCUGAAUGUUGCCACAGCCUCAAUGACUUCGUCGCAAGAGGGUGAGGUUUCAUCAUUGGAUGGAUUAGCAUCCACUAUAUCUAGUCCAGCAGGAAAGAGCUGCCUACAAAGGGUUCACUGUGUAUAACUGCUUUAAGUACUCAGCCCAAUGAGCCUUUUGCUCUAUUUCGUUACGGCGCCACAUGACCCUGCAGUUGCGGCACCAAGACCAAACGCCCCAAUAAUCAUCAAUCAUCUAUUUCGUUACCUACUUUUAGUUUUCCCUGGACAGAGCUACUAGCUCAUGUGCCCCAAGUCUGAAUGCCUUGGCUUCUCACUUUGGUGGUGCCUGACUACCACUCCAGUGGAUGGGACAAAAACAUUAACUGCCACCAGGUACCCAUUCACUGGUGGGUAGUGAGGGGCACAAGUGUAAGGAGACUGCCCAUUGGCUCCACUCUGCCUGUAAAUCUUACCCAGGAUCUCUGAGCUGAAAGGUGGUUAGCACACUUCUCACAACUGCAAAGUAUUGGGUUCAAUUCCUGGGCAGAAAGAAGACAAAUAGACAAUCUCCUAACCCCUGCCCACCCACCAGUGAAUGGGUACUUGAUAUCAGUCAAGGAACUGUGCCUCAUCCCCUGAUGAGAAUGUGGUCUGGCACUGCUAAAGAAGUAGCCCAAGGGUUCACACCUGGGACACAUAAGCUUGUAGCUCACCCAGUCUAAGAAGCUACAUCUAGUUAAGUACGUAAAAUUACUAUAGACAUAAAUCUCAAUACGAAUGACCUUUGACCUGCUUAGUAAGCCCUGAAGGAGCUCCACUCCAAGCCUCACUCUCAGAUGGGCACUAUCCAAAUGGCAUAUGAUUACCAUGUGUCGGACAUGGGUGGGCAGAGGGCUCAUUGGACUCGGUACAUAGAGCAAGAGCACUUGUACGUGGUGGACCCUCUGAGUGGGUAGCUUCUAGCUGCUGGGUUGCAAGCAGUGGAUGCUGAUCCAUCCAUUGACAGAAGUCCAACCUCUCUUGAUGAGGUCAGAGAUGCUGUGGCAAAGAUGAGAGGUGGAAACAAACCUACUAAUUAACUAAGGAUACAUUUGCUUCACUCACCUACCGCCUCCACGCCUGACGUUUCCCUAGAGCAAGUCCCCCACGCAGCCACCCUAUCCAUCUCAGGCCCCUUCCAGCAGAAUCGAUCAACUUACACUAGUCAUGAGUUGGAUGGGCAUCCCCUUGGUCUCUUCUGCUCAGGGUUCUCUCUUACAGAAACAAUCCUGUGAGCAGGAGCAACAUCUGGUAAGCAUGCUGCAUGUCCAUAUAGCCAGAGGUGGCAUUCACUGACUAAGCUGGGAACAGGCCUCAAUUCAGUUUCAUUGCAUAGUCGCUGGUUCAACACAAAGUCAUUCCAGCAAUACCCCAUGAUCUUACAAAGGCACUUCGUACCGAAGACACUGACAUGCCUCUCCACGUCACUAUUCAGUGUCCAUGUCUCCCAGCCAUACAGUAAGACAGGGAGCACUAACAACUUAGAUUAAAAAUUUUGUUCACCUGCAUAGAUAUUGGCAAUACUAUAUACAUAUGUUGAGUGUGUCCAGAAAACACUUACUCUAUGGCCUGAAGACGUGAACACUGAAUAGUGACUUGGAGAAGUAGAUAGAUGCCUUUGGUAGUAAGUGCCUACACAAAAUCAUGGAAUAUUGGUGGAAUGACAGCGUCAAUGCAGCUACUACUCGGUGAGACUGAUUCGACAUCUAUUGCUUGCAUAGUAAAUCAUUGCCAACUCCAGCUAUAAGGGGAUGUGACAUGCUACCCAGGAUCAGACCCUGCUCACUUUGUUGUUUCUGUAAGAGAGAACCCUGAGUGGAAGAGGCCAAGAGAACGCUCAGUGUUUGUGGCUUCAGUAAGUCGAUAGAUCAUGCCGAGGUGCCUCGGAUAGGAUGGAGACUUGCCUGGAGAAACCAACAGAUUUGGCGUCAUAGGAUGAGUGGCAUGAUGUGUCCUUCCGCAUAACCUCCGAUUGAUUGAUACCUCCGAUUGAUUGAUUGACUGCUGUAUUGCUGACUGGAAGAGGGGGCUUGUCAUCCCUAUCUUGGAAGGUAAAGGGGAACAUCAGGACUGCAACAACUACCACAGUAUUAAAACUGCUCAGUGUACCAGCCUACUACCAGGCCAGAUGGUUACCCUUCUAUUGCUUAUGCAAAUUAGCAGUCUAUUGCUUAAGUUGCAGUGACCUGACUAGACUGGGUUCAUGCCUGGAAAAGUCAACAACUAUUAUCCAAAUGAUUUGAGUACUGGUGGAGUGACAAAGGAAGUUUCAACAGAGGAUGCUUUCAGGCUACGUCAAUCUUCAGAAAUUGUUUUAGUCAGUGCAUGACAAGGCAAUUUAGGACAGAUUUUUUGUGACUCCAUGGAAUUCCUGGAGGCAUCGUUCAUCUAUUGAUUGCCCUGCAGUCUGGGACUGAGAGUGUUGGGGAGGAGGGGGGUAUUUAACCUCUUUCCUAUGAACUCAGGAAAGUGGCAGAGCUGUAUCCCUCCCCCAUCCCUUUUCAGCCAGUACUUGGCAGAGUUGUGGAGCAUGGAGAAUAUAUAUAUAUAUAUAUAUAUAUAUA